AUGGGUCGACCUGUAAUGAUAUUCACGUUUUGCAAGAUAUUCACAAUAACAUGACGUACUCAAGUGAAUAUUCAGUGUUUAUGACUUUAAUUUAUGCUUAUUUAGGGCAUAGUGUUAAGAAAGGGCAUUAAUGCUUGCUCUAGUCAAAAAUUUUUUUUACAAAUUUUCAAAAUAACUUACAGGGAAGAUGACCGACCUGCCCGGCUAUGAUUGACUUUAAACUUUUUAUAUAGAACGAUCAUGUACAUAUAAGAUAUUUAGCAAAUUACAAAAUCGAGUUUUCCAGGAAUUCUCGAAAAAUUCGAGAUCAAAAAUUACGUUUUAAAUUUCCCGGUCAAAUUGGCAUUGUUUUUCAAGCUUACAAUUUUGUCAUUCUUUGUCUUGUUAUCAAUUUUCAAACUCAAACAUUUAAAAAUUAAAACUCGAAAGCGCAAGCUAAAAUUUCUUAUAGGUACUAUUGCUAGUACAACGAAUUUAUUUAAAAAUUUUGAGCUUCUUCUGAGUGGGGCAGGUUGGGUACUUUCCUUGUUUAUAUUACCCUCCAUACCAGACUAAAACUGCCUAUCUUGUACUACUUGAGAUGUUCGCUGUCUUUUCAUAGCUAGUCAUGAUGUAUAAUGUUUACAACUGUCAUCAGUUUACCUUUAUUUAUAUGAUGUAUGUUUAUGAUAAUGUAACUUUUUAUUUGUAGUUUUUACUGUUUACCGUGCCAAUUAUAACCUUGACUUACUUCGUUGCCAUAUUCUGGUCGGCCAUCUUUGAACUUCCGAUAGCCAAGGUAAGUAAUGUUGAUUAAGGUAUGGUACUAUACUCAAAAGAGUUUAAAAAUCUUGUAAGUUCCAAAAAUUUUAACUUUUUUAAAAUUUUGAAAUUUGUUAAAAUAUUUUUAAAUUUUGUGAAAUUUGAAUUUUAAGACCGUUCUAAAUUUAAAAUUUUAAACUAAAACAGGCCCUCUGAUUACAAAAGUCUUACAAAACAUUACUUACGCAGCUCCAGAAUUACCGAGCAAAUAAAUGUUUCCGCAUUUUUGUCGCUGUAAUGUUAUGUUGUUGUGAAUGUUUUGAUCAGCGACACGUGGUCCGAGCAGCUGACGCAUCAACAAUAACAUACGAUAAGUAAUUCGGUGUACGAUAGCUGGAGUAAUUUGGCUUACACUGUGGAUGGUUGAGAGUAAUGUGACAUACAAUCAGAUUACGCUAGAGUAGUUGGGCUUACAAUAAGGGAACUGUGGAGUAGUGUAAUAUACGAUAAGAUCACUAAAGGUGGUGAUUUCAUGAGGUAUACAAUAAGAUUACUACAUAUUAGUUAGACUGACCAUAAGGAACCUUAGAGUAGUGUGAUAUACUAUAAAUUGAUGAAACUUGACAUGGCAUACGAUAAGCUUACUAUAGAGUAAUGUGACAUACGAUACGCUUUUUCUAGAGUAGCUUGGCUUACUAUAAGCUAAUUGGAGGGUAAUGCAAUAUACAGUAAGUUCGCAAAAGAGUAUUGUGGUAUACAUUAAGGUUAAUGAAAUAUGACUUGAACUAUUAUAAAAUUACUAUAGAGUUAUAUGACAUACGACAAACUUACUAUAGUGUAGUUUGGCUUACAUUAAGGUCAACAAACAGUAAUUUGACACACACUACAGCUGCUCGAGAGUAGUGUGACAUACAAUAACAUCGCUAGUAAUUUGCAGAACGUUGUAUAUUACUGUGUAACUUUACUGCAACGUAUCUUGUAAAUAAAAAAACUUCCAAAUUUCAAAAAGAAAACUCAGUCUUACAACAUUAAACAUCAAACAGCCAUCACUUCCAGGUAGAAGCCUACAUUAUCAAGCACAUGAUGAACAAGAAACGAAGGGCUACUGUAACAGUGCCCAUCACAACACCCCCUAAUGACAGUAAUUCGGAAGGGGAUACUGUAAAACUAAAGAAUGGAGACGUUCUGAUCGCUUCUUCCGAUCCUAACGAAGCUCCACUGGAGUACGAUGUUCAGGAAAACAGAACGACGUCGGUUACUGUAGCUGAGGAUUCAGUUACAGUAGGACGAGAUGCGGUUUUUGUAGCCAAAGAGUUGAGGAAAAGCUUCUUGGCUUCGGCUCCAGAACACAGCGAUUCUGAAUACGAAAAUGACAUACGUUUUUGA